CAUGGCUCCGAAGCGCGAGUCUGAGAGCAUUCAUGAGUUUCUCAGUUCAAGGUAUCCUUCCCACCGCAAACUGGAAGAUGGUGUCAAGAGCCUGGCGAGUGCGGGGUUCCAUAAGCUGGAUGACCUAGCCAAUGUCAACUUCAGGUCUCUCCGUUCCCACCUUUCGGCUCUCUUUUGCAUUGCGCUUCGCGACUAUAUGAGGCCUGACGCCACAGACCAUGUGGAAGACGACUGCACGUUGGAGUGGGGUUUUGAGUGUACGGAGGUGACCGUCACUCUGCGGCAGGAGAAUGAAAUCCUGGAGCUGCCUGCUCAGUACAGUCCGAUUGUUCCUGAUUCUGAGGAGGAAAUAAUUGAGCAAGCUCCAGACGAAGAGGACCUAGGCGAAGAAUUGGAAAUGAUGGAGAAUGCUUAUAAUGAUCUACCCGAACCUGCUCAGCCGGCAGGACUGCUGGAGCUGAAAAUGUACGUGUUCUCAUCAAAGCGGUCUAAGCGGGCCGUAGAGAGGAUUUGGUGCACGACUAGUGGCACCAAGAUCUUAGAGAGGCGGAGCUAUGUGAGUCUUCAGGAAAGGGUGCAGGCACGUUGGGACGCCGGAGUUAAGGCAGUUCUGCUAGUUGGAGUGCCUGGGAUUGGCAAGACCGGCUUUAUCAUCUGCAUGCUGCUCAGUUUAAUGAAGCAGAGGAAAGCCAUUGCACUACAGACCAAGGGAGGAGAUUUCUUCCUAUUUGAACCGCAGCCUGUGGAAGCGCCGGGUACUGGCGAGGCUUACGCGUGUCUGAAGCUGAGAAACAAGUCCGUUCUAUACGACCCCGAAGUCUACUUUUUGGUGGAUGGCAAGAUGCCUGACGUCCCUUCAUUCAGCUGCAAGUCAUUACUUGCCACCAUCCCCAAGCUGCUCAACUUCCAGGAUUACGAGAAGGAUGGCCGUGGAGAUCUUGUCUUGCUACCGGUCUGGUCUGCUGCGGAGAUCGCACUGGCUUGGCAGGAGAUAUUUGAUCCGAGACUGCCAGCUCUCGCACAUCCUCAGGAAGUUGCUGUGGAGAAUGCGAAGUUGACUGCCUUGCUUGAAGCAAGAAAGAAGCUGACACUAGAUGUUGUGAAAGAGCGGUACAAGAAAUGGGGUGGCACGGCUCGGUUUGUGCUGGAGACGCCGCACGUAGACUUGGAUGAGGUAGUAAGAGGUUUGCAGUCCAUACAGCAGACAGUUGAAUUGGUGGGCAGGCAGGUGGCUGAUGGAGACCAUCCAUCCCACAAGGUAGUGCACCAGAGGGUGAAACAGGGAUACGCCAGCUACGAGUACAUGUUUGCUUCUCCGUACCUGUCCGAGGCUGCCCGAAAGAAGCUUAAAGAGUCAACAAGUGGGGCAUUACGGCUGUUCCUGUCCUUCAAGGGUUUGGCAGCGCACGGUGUAAAUGGUUGCAAGGGCAAUGUAUUUCACCACGAAUUCAAGUCACUGGCUCGCGGAGUUCAGCAAUUCAAGGUUCGCCAAGUCUAUGAAGAUACAAGCCUGGAUGACCAGGAGAUGGUGUUCAAUUUCGGACAGCCUUUCGAAGUUCCAAAACUGGAAAGCUUACCAGUUGCUGCUCCUGUGAAUCAGAUCAUCUGGCCAGAGUCUGCUGUUGAAGAAACAAUCGAUGCUAUGAAGAUUGUGCGACUGGCGGGUCGGCUAGACGUUUUGGAGGUGUACCAAGUGACCCUCAGUUCUGCAAGGCAUGCGCAUGGUCUCAAGUACGCAGCAAUGUUGAAGGUGAUGCACAAGUUUGGAAUUCCUCCUCACAGGGUCAAGGUAUACAUCGUUACUACAUCCGAGCUUUACCCUGAAGCUGGCUAUCAAAACUGGAGGAAGUCCAGGAACCUCGUGCUCCGAGAUGAAAGAAUCCUGCGGAGGCUAGUUGGGAUCACUCAGUACGUUCUGGAUAGUGGAGUGUGAGUUGUGAUGAUUUCAGUGUUUUGCAAUGAGUUUACCGUUAAUGGCAAAGCAGAAUUCAAGAAAUCGCGCAUCUGAUAGCAAAGGAGAUGAUGGCUAGA